CGACAAACACCGUUCGGUCGGUCGACAGCGGGACCGGUUGGAGCUUUGGAGCGGUGUUUCAGUUGCCGCUCGCUUGACAACAAGAGGGCAUGGUCGUCUGACUGAGCGGUUAUCAAACAAACGCUCUAUAGGCAUCAAGUGUUACGUCAAUUCCCGGCAUGCGCUGAGCACCUCCCUCUCAUCCAACACUAUUCCACUCGCCAGCUCGUUCGAUAGCUCGCCGUUUAGAAGGAUGGAAUCCCUAAUGGAAUAUGGCGAGUAUAUCUACUCUGUGCCCUCAAAAUUCGCUUUCGAGCUGUCACUUGUCGCAUUCGCGGUGUGGAUGUGGAAGAAAAAUCUCGCGGAGUCGAACUCGACGCGCAAGAUGACGGACCAAGAAAAAGCUCAAAUACUCGCGAAUUUCACGCCGGAACCCUUAUGCGACGAUAUACCUGAAGACCACUAUGCCCUCAACCCGAGGAUCGUUUCGGGUCGCAUCGGUAAAAGAAUCACCGUCAACGGUAAGGACUGCCUGAACAUGGCCACAAAUAAUUUCCUCGGCCUCUCCGAUCGACCGGAUUCGAACGAGAAAGCCACCAAAGCGCUGAGAAACUACGGCGUGGGUUCUUGCGGACCGAGAGGCUUCUACGGGACCGCUGACGUUCAUCUCGAGCUGGAAUCGCGUCUCGCCAAGUUCAUGGGCGUCGAGGAAGCGUGUCUCUACUCGUACGGAUUCUCCGCGAUCUCGAGUGCCAUACCGUCUUAUUCGAAGAACCACGAUGUGAUCUUCGCCGACGAACAAGUUAAUUUCGCCAUACAGCAGGGUAUAACUGGCUCGAGAAGCACGGUCUACUACUUCAAACACAACGAUCCGAACGACCUGGAGCGUCUACUGAGAGCUCAGGACGAACGCGAUCGGAAGGAUCCGAAGAAAGCGAAGAAUGUUCGACGGUUCCUCAUCAUCGAGGGUAUCUACAUGAACACGGGGACCCUGGUCAACCUUCGGGAAAUCGUGAAACUCAGAGCAAAGUAUAAAUGCCGCCUGUUCUUAGACGAGACCAUUUCUUUUGGUGUUUUGGGCGCAACAGGAAAAGGUGUCCGGGAGCACUUCGGAGUGCCAAACUCGGAAAUCGAUCUUAUCGCCUCGACGCUCGAGCAUUCAAUCUCGAGUUAUGGCGGCUUUCUGUGUGGAUCUUCGUUCCUGAUGGAGCAUCAGCGCUUGUGCGGUUUAGCCUAUUGUUUCUCAGCCUCACUGCCGCCGCUGCAAGCCGUUGUGACCUUGACGCACCUAGAUGUGGUGAGCGAGGACCCGGAGAUCAUGGAGAAACUUCGGGAAAACUGCAAGAAAAUGCAGAACAUGCUCAUGGAGGGCCUGACCCAUCUCAGAACGGAUAGCCACCCAUUGUCGCCGGUGAAAGUCCUCGUUUUGUCUGAGGCUGAAGACCGCGUUGUAGCUGAAGAGAAGUUGAAUGCAAUUGUGACCUUCGCGGAGAACCACGGGGUCGCCCUGACGGUUUUCCGGCGGCUUCCGAAAGAAGAGCUCCUCGAGCAUCCUCCUUCGAUCAAACUGACUGUCAGCAGCUUGCUCACUGAAUCUGAUAUGAAGUCUGUCGUUGAAGUGCUGAACGAAGCUUGUUCGCAACUGUGAAACUAUGUUGGACUAGGGACGAAAAAGUUGAUAGGAGGCAGCGGCAAUAUUAACUUAUGAAUCGAAUAAUGUCCUUCUCGUAGCUUUCAUCAGUUUUGUUCACGAAAGAAAAGGACACAGCUGCCGUCGCCCGUGCCUGUAGAGAUGAGUGGUGUUCUCUGGUAGGUACACAGAUGACGUCAAAAAUGCAAAACACGAUUUCCGAGGCUCGCGACGUUCCUUCGGUGCUCGAACUCAACUUGUGGAUCAUCUUCCCGUGAUUGUCUACUCAUUCAGCAUCGAACUCAGUUCUUUGUCGGCGGUAGUUGAGAAUUCAGAGCGAAUGGAGAAUUGUGGGGAGCGACAGGUUAUUGCAAGCUAUUUCUUGAUUUCCAUGCAGCUUGCCAGGUUGCCAGACGAUUAAUCAAAAUAAAGAAGUUUCAAUUAUUUU